UUCUUUUAAACUUGUUUUAAAAAUUGUAUUAUGUUUUUAUUAUAGUUCACUGCCCAGAGUUUCAUUGGUUAGGUAGAUAGUGGUAUACAUUUUUUAAUCAGGCAAACAAAUAAAUAAACUUUAAAUAUUCAUGUUUCCAGCUGCAGGAAUGAUGGUCUGCCUUGGGAUGUGUUGAUGAUAUGACCUCUGCUUUCUACAACACCUGUCUCAGCCCAUCUAGCUUCUUACUCAUGGGCGUUCCUCAACUGGAAGCAGUCCAUGCAUGGUUGUCCAUCCCCUUUGGCUCCAUGUACAUCAUGGCAGUGUUGGGGAACUGCACCAUCCUCUUCAUCAUCAAGGCAGAGCCCAGCCUCCACCAGCCUAUGUACCUCUUCCUUUCCAUGCUGGCUGUCACUGACUUGGUGCUCUCCUCCUCCGCUCUGCCCAAGCUGCUAGCCAUCUUCUGGUUCAAUAGCAAGGAGAUUGGCUUCCACUCAUGCCUGCUCCAGAUGUUCACCAUUCAUUCUUUUGCCACUGUGGAAUCAGGAAUUUUCUUGGCUAUGGCUUAUGACCGUUAUGUGGCAAUAUGUACCCCAUUAAGACACAAGACCAUCUUAACCCAUUCGACUGUUGUUAAGAUUGGGGUGGCAGCUCUCCUGAGAGGUGUCCUUUAUAUCUCGCCCCUUCCUUUGCUUGUGAGGAGAUUGACUUACUAUCGCACCAACAUCAUCGCACAUUCUUAUUGUGAGCACAUGGCUGUGGUGAUGCUUUCCUGUGACAACACCUCCAUCAGCAACAUCUAUGGCAUGGCAAUUGGCUUUCUGGUACUCAUCGUUGAUUCCCUGGGUAUUGGUCUGUCUUAUGCAUUGAUCCUCCGGGCAGUGAUGAAUUUAGACACAGCAGAGGCCCGGCUCAAAUCUUUUAGCACUUGUAGCUCCCACAUUUGUGCCAUCUUAGCUUUCUACAUCCCCAUAGCAGUCUCCUCUCUGACCCACAGGUUUGGCCAUCAGGUGUCUCCUCCAACUCAUAUUCUUCUGGCCAACUUCUAUCUCAUCUUUCCCCCUGUCUUAAAUCCCAUUGUUUAUACUGUCCGGACUCAAAUAAUGCAGAGGAAGUUAGUCAAGAUGUUAUCCUGGGCUCAGAGGCUAAUCAGACGCCCUUAAAACCAUCUAGAAGCUACAGCUGGUCCAAAAUGCAGUGAUGCACGCCAUGAUGCCCUACUAUGAUCAACCUAUGUGUCAUCUGUGCUUCAUGAGUUGCAUUGGUUACCACUUCUGGGUGUAAUUCAGUAUGCUGGUUAUCACAUAUAAACCCUUGACAUGCAAUGGAUGAUAGUUUCAACAAAUAUGCAACUGCAUGAUUGGAAGUAUAUCUGGUCAAUGGAGUCUCUUUUAGGUUAACUUCCCCCUUAUCUCCUCCAAAUCAUUGAGCCAGAGCAACUUCUACCUUUGUGGUCACAAUGCCCAUCAACUAGGGACAUUCUGAAUCCAAUGUUUUGGCUUCUGUCUUGCAGAUUUUUCUUAGUUCACAUUCCCAUUAGUUGGCCCCAGCCCCCUUCUGGAAAUGUGUACCUGCAACAUGAUGGAUGAAGAAAUUUAAUCACAGGUAUGGAAGUUAUCACUGGAGCAGGUCUGGUCACUUUUCUAAAAGAAUAUGUGGGAUAUAUUUGCUA